AUGGCAGUUCGAAAUCGUAACGAAAGUCAACCAAUCGAAACAGAAGCAUUGAUUGAAGAAAGAGAUACAAGUGAUACACCUCCAUCUGAAUCCGAUAAUGAAAUGUUAGAUAUUCAUCCAUCUGUAUUAACACAAAACAAUUGGAAAAAAGAUCAAUGGAAUAUAGGUCUACUAUUAUUCCUUUAUCUAUUACAAGGUAUACCACUUGGUAUGGCAGCAUCAAUUCCACUUAUAAUUCAAACUUAUGGUGCAAGUUGGUCUCAACAGGCAACAUUUUCAUUUGCUUUUUGGCCAUUUAGUCUUAAACUUCUUUGGGCACCGAUUGUUGAUUCAUUAUAUUCAAAAAGAUUUGGUAGAAGAAAAACUUGGCUUAUACCAGUGCAAUAUGCUAUUGGAUUUGUUAUGAUAAUACUUUCAUUUUAUAUUAAAGAUAUAUUACGUGAACCAGCAGCUGCGACAGCUACUCAACAUCCACAUAUUUAUCUUUUAACAAUAAUAUUUUUUGGUUUAUCAUUUUUGGCUGCAACUCAAGAUAUAUGUGUCGAUGGUUGGGCUCUUUCAAUGCUUUCUAGAGAAAAUGUAGGUUGGGCAAGUACAUGUAAUUCAGUUGGUCAAACAGCUGGAUACUUUCUAGGAAAUGUUGUUUUUCUUGCACUUGAAUCAAAAGAUUUUGCUAAUGUUUAUAUACGUGCACCAUUACAUAUGGAAUUACAAUCAACCGGAUUAAUUACAUUACCUGGUUUUCUUGUAUUCUGGGGUGUUAUUUUUACAAUGUCAACAACAUUAGUUGCCUUAUUAAAACAUGAAACAGACGAAAGAUAUGAUCCUAGUGAACCUCAUUUUGGUCUUAUUCAAACCUAUAGAGUUCUACUUAAAGUUCUUCGUUUACCAGCCGUUCGAAGUAUGGCAGUGGUUUUAUUAACAGUCAAAAUAGGUUUUGCUGCAGUAGAUUCUAUGACUGGAUUAGAAUUAAUUGAACGUGGUGUUAGAAAAGAUACAUUGGCUUUAUUAGCUAUUCCAUUAAUACCAUUAGAAAUUUUUCUACCAUUUUAUAUAUCGAGAUAUACAACCGGAACAAAACCAUUGAAUUUAUUUAUUAAAUCACAUCCAUUCAGAUUACUCAUUGGUCUUGUUAUGGCUUUUUAUGUUUAUAUGACACCAUCAUUUCAAAAUUAUGAUAAAACAUUUCCUUGGUAUUAUUAUUUUAUAGCUGUUAUUAUAUAUGGUAUUCAUCAAGUAUUUAUAUACAAUAUGUUUGUUUCACAAAUGGCAUUUUUUGCACAUGUUAGUGAUCCAAAAAUAGGUGGAACAUAUAUGACAUUACUGAAUACGUUAUCAAAUCUUGGUAGUAGUUGGGCUUCUACAGGUGUUUUAUAUUUGGCUGAUUUUUUAACAUGGAAAACUUGUUCAUUAGGUGGUGGUAAAUGUGAAACAGCAGCUGAAGAAAAAAAUUGUGGAAUGUUAGGUGGGGCAUGUCGACCUUCUAUUGACCCAUAUUAUAUUAUAGUAACAAUAUGUACAAUACUUGGAUUUAUUUGGCUUAUUUGGAAAUAUCGAACUAUAAUGAAUCUACAAAGUUUACCAAUGAGUGCAUGGCAAGUACGAAGUGAUAAUCCGAAAUAUAAACAAUUAGAAAAUGAAGAAUAA